AACUGAUGACGUAGUUCACACACGUGUUUCACAAGACCGUGAAAUUUAGGGAAUCGUGGUCACAUUUUGUAGUAAUUUUUGCAUUUUAUUCAGAAUCCAGCGGUCAAGCUUACCUUACAUCAAGAUGGCGUUUAGGACAAUGUUUCAAGGCAACAAUGAGAUAGGAGUUUUCGCCAGAUUGACGAAUGCUUACUGUUUGGUGGGCAUGGGAGCUUCACAAAAUUUCUACAGUGUGUUCGAAGGAGAGUUGUCUGAAGUGAUACCCGUCGUUCACACAUCGAUUGGCAGCUGCCGGAUCAUUGGCACGUUAUGUGUUGGCAACAGACAUGGUCUUAUUGUCCCAAGCUCCACCCAAGAUCAAGAACUACAACACAUCAGGAAUGCGCUUCCAGACUCCAUCAAAAUACGCAGGGUUGAGGAGAGACUAUCAGCACUAGGAAAUGUCAUUUGUUGUAAUGAUUAUGUGGCUUUAGUACACCCAGACUUAGAUAAGGAAACAGAAGAAAUCAUAUCUGAUGUGUUAAAAGUGGAGGUUUUCCGACAGACGAUAGCAACUAAUGUAUUAGUAGGCAGCUAUUGCGCAAUCAGUAAUCAGGGAGGACUGGUUCACCCUGAAACACCUGUUGAAGAUCAAGAUGAAUUAUCAUCAUUACUACAAAUUCCUUUAGUGGCUGGGACCGUCAACCGAGGUAGUCCUGUGGUCGGCGGUGGAAUGGUUGUGAACGAUUGGGCCGCAUUCUGUGGACACGACACCACGAGUACGGAGAUGUCAGUCGUUGAGAGCGUGUUCAAGCUUGGAGGAGCACAACCGAGCAAGAUCUCGACCGACAUGAGGGAAACAUUAAUUGAAAGCAUGACGUAAUUAAGAUGAGAAGAUGAAAAGGACGACGAUAAAACUAAAGCAGAGAUGUGGCAAACAGAAAAAGACAUUUGGGCAUGAUGAAUGGGGUUUAUGUGCAGAAUGCAUUUCUAAGAAUCAAUCCUAUUGACGUGAAAUUGUUGUUUUCAUUUUGAGCAAUGAGUUUUUGAAAAUCGAAGUACAGGUUUAUUGUUGGGUCGUCCGAAACUGGGACUAUAUCAUACCAAGAUCAUAUCUCACUGGAUCCAUUUCCAUGCAGUCCCCUGACCAAUGUACUGCCAAGGUUGGGCCGAAGACCAUCCACCUUUAUUGCUGCCACAAAGUUCUGUAAUGAUGUAUUCGAUUCAUUACGUUGGCAUCUUAAAGGCUUAGACUGCCCAAAUGUACAAUAAACAGACCUCCUUCCUGAAAAGGACAGGAUGUCUCAAGUCAAUAACCUAGACAUGUACUAGGAAUAAGGUAUUACCGUUCCGGCAAAAAAUGUAUUUUAUUAGUUUUUUUUGUGCAUUUAUUGCCUGUAGUGUUCAGUUUAUGAAGUCCCCGACCACCGUUUUUGCUCCCGUCUUGCAGUAGAUACCUAUGGUAUGGGGCUCCCCAGCCUCGGUCAUCUGAGGGUUCUUCUAAAAUCAUUAAUGAAUGAGUAAACUGUGCUUUUGUAAAUAAAAACAAUU